AUGCAGCUCGCAAUCAAUGCCCUCCUCUGCCUCGUUGCCUUUUCGGUGCUUUCUAAUAUAAUACAAUUUCGAAGAACUGUCAACCAGCUCGUCAGAAAGUUGAGAAUCGUCACGCGUAGCUUCAGACACGAGACAAUACCAUCAAACUCGAAUGAGGCCGCCCUUCAAUCUGCACUCCUACCAGCUUUACAUGGAGAGCUGUUGACAAGAGAUGACGUUGAAGGUCAAUUCGACGAUAAUUCUUGGCAGGGCCUCGCGUACCAUGAUUUCAGAAGCACGAUUUUAGCCAAGGGUAGAGCCAUGAAAACCUUUCCCUGUGUGUAUGCAACCAUGGGGUAUCGAUCAGGCGAUCAUCGGUUUGUGUUCCUCGAGUCAGACGAUCCAUCCGAACCUCGUAAUGUACGCAAGGUAGCGACAGCUCUAGCCGAGUACCUCCGUAUCUCCACAUCUCUAGGCCCAAAUACAUCCCUCGUUAUCAUCGGCGCUCCCUCUGAGAAAGAGCGUACUGUCGAAGAAUAUAAUCGCACCUUCUGGGACAUGCUUAGAGGCCUUCGUAUUUGCGAUCCAAAAGCUUGGCCAAAGGACAUCCCAGAAGACACAGAGGAUGCAAAAUGGACUUUCUGCUUCAGUGGACAGCCGGUGUUCCCAGUCAUGAUGACGCCAGCCCAUCAAGAACGAUGGAGUAGGCACAUGAGCGUGCCAUUAGUCGCCCUGCAGCCGAAAUGGGUUCUAGAUAACCUACUGCAAACUCCCGAGAAGCGAAAGUCCGCACAAAGCAAAGUUCGAGGCCUGUUGCAGAAGUACGAUACAAUAGGUAUUAGCCCAGACCUGACCGACUACGGUGCGACUGGUACUAGCGAGUUUACGAGAAAUGAGAUUUAG